AUGACAAAAAAUCAGGAUGAAACUCUGAGAAAAGAGAUAGUGGAACUAGGCAGUGUGGUCAGGACCUUCAGUAACAAAAAUGAGGGAAUGGAACAGGCUAUCAGAUCAAUGGAAUUCAGGCAAGAUGCUACUGAAAAGCUAUUGAAGGGGAUUGAUCAAAAAUAUGAAGGAAUGAUGAACAUGAUGGCUCAACUAAUGUCUAAGGUGAAUGAUCAAGGCAAGGAACAGGAAGGAAGCAGCAGCUCUAAGGAGGUAACUCAACCAGAAGGAUCUAAACUGGAUCCACGGAGAGAAUUGUCUGGCAGGAGAGAGUUCAGGAAUGACCACAAGUUACCUAAAAUGGAUCUAUCAGUUUUCACUGGGGACAAUCCUAGGGAAUGGAUCAGGAAGGCCAACAAAUACUUCAAGAUACAUGGAGUAGAAGAUGAUAUGAAGUCUGACGUGGCUGAGCUCUACUUCAAGGAUAGAGCAGACAUCUGGUUUCAUGGAGUCUUCCAUGGGAGGGAGAUUGUACCUUGGGAGGAGCUGACUACUGUUCUGUGUGUCAGGUUUGGGGAAGGGAAACCUGAAGAGGCCAUUGAGGAAUUUAACAAGCUGACACAAGCUGGAUCAGUAGCUGAUUACCUGGAGAAAUUCGAGAUGCUUAAGGCCUUGGUAAUGCCAUCCCUACCACAGUUGUCUGAUUCCUAUUAUAAAGCAUGUUUUAUGAGUGGACUGAAAGAAGAAAUUGUCAAUAUGGUUAAGAUAUCUAAGCCUGAAUCUCUUGCUGAUGCCAUUGAAAUAGCUAAACUGCAAGAGAGGAACCUUAAGGCCAUACAGAAGACACACAAACCUGCUCCUGCUGGCUUCCAUAGCCAGAAGGAGCCAUUAAAGGCACUUACUCAUCCCAAAUGGAACCAGGAUAACUCCAAACACACCCCUAGAACCUAUAACCAAAAUUCCCCCAACCAGAGUAAAUUCAAAAGGAUUUCUCCUGAAGAGUUUAACUUGAGAAGGGAGAAAGGAUUGUGCUAUAAAUGUGCGGAGCCUUAUACCAUGGGACAUGUAUGCAAACAGUCCCAUAUUCAUUACUUAUUGGCUGAAGAAGAGGGGACCACAGGAGGGAAUGAAGAGCAGGGAGAGGAGGUGUACUGUGACUGUAUUAAUGGAGAGCAGGCUGAUGAACAUAUAGAAGUGUCUGUGCAUGCUUUGGCUGGAGGUGCAGGGCACAGGACCAUAAAGCUUAAAGGUAUGACCAAAGGGAGACAGGUUACUGCCUUAAUAGACAGUGGCAGCACCCACUGCUUUAUAGAUGAACAACUGGCAACAGAACUGAGGCUUGGUACUCAGGGACCUAACUUGUUGGUCAAUGUGGCUAAUGGAGAAAAGGUGGAUUCGAAGGGGUUGGACAAGCCCCUGCAGUGGGAAAUGCAGGGACAUCAAUUCCAGCAUACCUUCAACACUCUUAAGUUGGGAGGCUGUGACAUGAUCCUAGGAGUAGAUUGGUUGGCAAGGCAUAGCCCCAUAGAGUUCGAUUUCAAGGACCUCAGUAUGAGGAUCCACCAAGGAAAACAUGGGGUAGUGCUAAGAAGGGAGGAUAGCAGUGUCAAACUAAGAGGACUCAAGGGGAACAGGCUGAAGAGGUGGCUGAGGUGGCUGAGGAAGCAAGCUUAUGGGGUAGUAGCACAAUUGGCAGCAGUAGUGGAGGUAACUGAUCCAGAGCAAACACCUGCUGAAAUCAGUCAAGUCCUGGAUCAGUACAAGGAUGUUUUUGAGGAGCCUAAGGGAAUGCCACCUACCAGAAGUCAUGACCACCAGAUUAUUCUGAAGGAAGGAGCCAGACCUUUUCAGGUGAGGCCUUACAGAUGCCCCUACGUGCAGAAGACAGAAAUUGAAAAAUUAGUGAAGGAGAUGCUAGAAAUAGGCAUCAUACAGCCUAGUAGCAGCCCCUUUGCUUCUCCAGUGCUGUUAGUCAAGAAGAAAGAUGGAUCAUGGCGUUUCUGUGUGGACUACAGGCAACUGAAUGAGCUGACAGUAAAGAACAAGUUCCCUAUGCCUUUGAUUGAAGAACUGAUAGAUGAGCUACAUGGGGCCAGGUAUUUCACUAAGAUUGAUUUGAGGGCAGGAUGUUUCCAAAUCAGAGUCAAGGUGGAGGACAUCCCAAAGACAGCAUUCAGGACACACCAAGGGCUCUACGAAUUCAAGGUCAUGCCAUUUGGCUUGACCAAUGCCCCUGCAACCUUUCAAAGUUUGAUGAACCAAGUUUUCCAGGAGCAAAUGAGAAAACAUGUACUGGUGUGA